UCCCCGUGGAGCUCCCGAGCUCCUCUCACUGACUCACACUCGCUUGCUACUACUAGCUAGCUAGUCCCAAUCACUGAGCUCUCACUGCUCAGCUCAGUACAGGCAGCAGCAGCUUCUUCUACAGCUUCUUCUUCUUCUUUGCCUGGCCAAAGCUUGAAGCUGGAAGAGCUACAGAAUCGAGAAGGAUUGGGAGUUGUGUUCCCGGAUCGACGUACGUGUGGCAAGUGGAUCGAGGAGGUCGACGGCGAAGCAUGUGGGAGUCGGAGAGCCACGGCGGUGAGCGGGGGCUCGUCCCCGUCGGCGGCGGCGGCGGCUCCGGCCGGCACGAGGCGCUCAAGAACGACGGCUUCGUCCGCAGAGACCACUCUUGGUAUGUAAACAGUGAUAUUCCCAGCGAUUUGCUCACCAAAGUGGGAGAAGUGAACUUCUAUCUUCACAAGUAUCCAAUGAUCUCACGGAGCGGGCGGAUGAGCCGCGCCAUCUACGAGUCGGCGACGGCGGAGGAGGCGGCGGCGGCGGACGGCGGCGCGGCGGCGGUGGUGGUGGAGCUGGACGACCUGCCGGGCGGGGCGGAGUCGUUCGAGCUGGCGGCGCGGUUCUGCUACGGGAUGGCGGUGGACCUGACGGCGGCGAACAUCUCCGGGCUGCGGUGCGCCGCCGAGUACCUGGAGAUGACGGAGGACCUGGAGGAAGGGAACCUCAUCUUCAAGACGGAGGCGUUCCUCAGCUACGUGGUGCUGUCGUCGUGGCGGGACUCCAUCGUCGUGCUCAAGAGCUGCGAGGGCCUCUCGCCGUGGGCCGAGAACCUGCAGAUCGUGCGCCGGUGCAGCGAGUCCAUCGCCUGGAAGGCGUGCGCCAACCCGCGCGGCGUGCGCUGGGCGUACACCGGCGGCGGCGGAGCGAGGGGCGCCCCGCCGAUCAGGGGUGGAGGGGUCGGUGGCACGGCGAGCCCGCGGUGGAACGUCGGCGGCGGCGGCGGCAGCGGGGACUCGAAGGAGUCGAGCCCGAGCCGGCAGGCCGUGCCGCCGGCGGACUGGUGGUUCGAGGACGUGUCCGUGCUCAGGAUCGACCAUUUCGUGCGCGUCGUCACCGCCAUCAAGGUCAAAGGCAUGAGGUUCGACCUCAUCGGCGCGGCGAUCACGCACUACGCGUCGAAAUGGCUCCCGGGGCUCACCAAGGACGGGCCGCACGGCGCCAGCCCCGACGAGCCGUGGGCGCAGGCCUCCGCCGCCGGCGGCGGCGGCGGCGGCCUCCACAUGAUCAUCUCGGGCGCGGGCGGCAAGGACGACCUGGCCACCAGCGCGUCGGCGCGGGAGCAGCGGAUGGUGGUGGAGAGCAUCAUCAGCAUCACCCCGCCGCAGCGGGACAGCGUCUCCUGCGGCUUCCUCCUCCGGCUGCUCCGCCUCGCCAUCAUGGUCAAGGCCGCCCCCGCGCUGGUCACGGAGGUCGAGAAGCGCGUCGGCAUGCAGCUCGAGCAGGCGGCGCUCGCCGACCUCCUCAUCCCGUCCUACGGCCGCGCCGACACCGCCUACGACGUCGACCUCGUGCAGCGCCUCGUCGAGCACUUCCUGGUGCAGGAGCAGACGGAGAUGGCGUCCAGCCCCGGCCGCGGGGAGCCGCUGCAUCAGCAGCCGGACUACUACAGCGCGAGGCUCCUGCCACCGGCCGCCGCCACGGCGUCGGCGUCGGCUUCGGCGUCGACGGCGGGGCUGAACGCUAAGGCGCGCGUCGCCCGGCUGCUCGACAGCUACCUCUCCGAGGUCUCCCGCGACCGCAACCUCUCCCUCACCAAGUUCCAGGUCCUCGCCGAGUCCCUCCCGGAGUCGGCCCGCACCUGCGACGACGGCCUGUACCGCGCCGUCGACUCCUACCUCAAGGCGCACCCGACGCUGACGGAGCACGAGCGGAAGCGGCUGUGCCGGGUGAUGGACUGCCAGAAGCUGUCGUUCGACGCGUGCAUGCACGCGGCGCAGAACGAGAGGCUGCCGCUGCGGGUGGUGGUGCAGGUGCUCUUCUCCGAGCAGGUCAAGAUCAGCAACGCGCUGGCGAGCUCCUCGGCGCUCAUCAAGGCCGGCGCGGCGCCGGACGCCGCGCUGCCGCCGCCGCAGAUGCCGACGACGCGGCGGCAGCUGCUGGACGGCACGCCGCAGUCGUUCCAGGAAGGGUGGGCGGCGGCCAAGAAGGACAUCAACACGCUCAAGUUCGAGCUGGAGAGCAUGAAGGCCAAGUACCUCGAGCUCCAGCACGAGAUGGACACGCUCCAGAAGCAGUUGGACCGCGGCGCGCCGUCGCCGGCCGCGGGGCCCGGCGGCGCGGGCGCCAAGGUCGUCGGCGGCAAGCCGCAGGGCUCGUCGGCGUGGAGCAGCGGGUGGAAGAGGCUGGGCAGGCUGGCCAAGAUGUCCGGCGCCGACGCGGCGGCGCCAGGAGGUGGCAUGGCGCCCGGCGGCGGCGAGGCGGCGAGGAAGGGCCCGAGAAGGUGGAGGAACUCCAUCUCGUGAUGAAGGCAGUGAGUGCCAUGGCUAGCUAGAUGGAUGCUGCAGCUUGCUUGAUUGGUUUCCAGGUGAGAGGUUUCAUGAAGUUUAAUUUAGAAAAAGAGUCCAUUUUUCUCAGUGUGAUUAAUUGUAGUGACGUUCAUGGCGUUUUCAGAGGAUUAUAUAUUCCAUUUUGUGCUGAGCCUGAGGACUACUCAAGCA